AUGGACACGCGCGUUCGUCCUCGCGUUAAUCCCGUGCCGCCCCCUCUGCUGUGCGCACGCCCAUUUGAAAUCCCCACCAACACCUCCUUCCUUCGGCCAGAGUUUUCGGAGCAGAGCAGCGCAGAGCGGGGCAGGGUUUUCGCGGCGCACCACCGUCCAGGUGUCGUCGUCUAGGAGGAGGGAGGGGAAGGGCGGCCUGGAUCGACGAGAUGCACGCGUGCUUCCAUGGCGGCGGCAGGACCAAGACCAUCAGCAUCAUCAGGGACCUCACCAAGAACAUGAAGUCCAUGUCGCUCAAGAUGAAGGCGGGCGGCGGCGGGGGCAACGCGCGGGCGAGGCGACGGCGGCGGAAAGGGGCGGAGGGGGAGGAGGACCUGGAGCCGCAGGACAAGGACGUGGCAGCGGCGUCGGCGUCCGCCAAGAUCGCGCCGGAGGAGCGAGAGGGGAAGACGCGUGCGCCAUGCGACCGGUGCCGCUCCGGCCUGGAAGACGUCCCCGAGGAGGGGGAAGAGGAGGAGGCGGCGGCGGACCAUGCGACCGGGGAGGAGCAGAGCGACGGCGAGUGGGUGGCGGAGCCGGAGCCCGGGGUGCUGAUGACGCUGGUGUCCCGCCCCGACGGCACCAACCACCUCCGCAAGCUGAGGUUCCGGGAGGAGCUGUUCGACGGGCCCCGGGCGGCGCAGCGCUGGUGGGCGGACAACUACGACAGCAUCGUCGAGCUCUACAGCAUCGUGCAGUCCACCGGAGGGUCGCACGAGGAGGAGGACGCCGAGGACGGCAUCGACGACGACGAGCCCGCGACGCCGUGCCAGUCCGAGGACGACCACCACCAGCCGCGGAGGUGGCCGCGUCUGGGGUGCGACUCGGCCUCCACAUCCGCCGGCCCGUCCAGCGGAAGCGGAAGCGGCAGCGGCAGCGGCGGUGGGUCGGCCAGCACCGUGGGCUCGCCGAUACUGGGCCUCGUCGUCGCCACGCCUCCUAACAACAGUAGCAGCAGGGGCGACAAAAGCCCAGGCCAAGCACAAUCACACAAACACAAGUGUCGUUCCUUGCACAUAAAUUAGACAGAAAUGAUUGUUAUUUUUAGGUUUUUCUCCA